AUGUCUGAUCAGUCUCAAAACAUUUACGACGACCCGGAGUUCUUCUCUGCGUACGGAGAACUUCCCCGAUCCAAACAUGGGAUUUCGGCUGCGCCAGAAUGGCCCGUUAUUUGGAACAUGAUCCUGAACGCUGCAUCCCCCACCACUGACAAUACAAACGACAACCUUAACGGCAAGGAAAUCCUCGAUCUAGGAUGUGGAUAUGGCUGGUUCACUCGGUGGGCCCGUGACAACGGCGCUGCAUCUAUCAAAGCAGUCGACAUUUCCCAGAAAAUGAUCGACCGCGCUAAAGAGUUCGAGGUGGAGGCUGCUCUUACCAAACAAAAUCGUGGUGAUUCAGUCUCCGAUACGAAAGUCACGUUUGAAAUCAGCGAUUUGGAGUGUAUCACCCUCAGCAGCGAAUCAGAGGAGGGACAGUAUGACCUAGUUCACAGCUCUCUCACCUUCCACUACAUUGCAGAUCUGGGACGGCUAUUCCGCGAGAUUUACGCCUCUUUGAGAAAGACAUCUGCAAAUGGACAAAGAGGGAAACUGGUGUUUUCAGUUGAACAUCCCAUCUGCACCGCACCCAUUCACCCAGGGCCAGACUGGAGAGUGAUCCGGGAUGCAUCGACAGACCAUAAAGUUUGGCCGUUGAACUCCUAUGGCGAGGAAGGAUUGCGCUUAACAAAUUGGCUUGGUAUAGAGGGGGUCAGGAAGUACCAUCGGACUGUUGAGACAUAUGUGACACUAUUGUUGGAGAGUGGGUUCGCAUUGACAGCACUCAAGGACUGGUCACCAUCAAAAGAAGAUGUGGCAGAAGAGCCGGCGUGGGAAAUCGAAAGACAUCGUCCGUAUUUCUUGCUUAUUUCUGCCGAAGUUAGAGGAUAG